UGUUUUUAUUCCAGCUUCUGGCUGUGGGCAUACGCGUUCAUGUCCUUGAUUAAAGGUUGCUCAGCAUGUGAACCAGAAGAACGGUUAUUUCAAAAACUUUUCUCCCAUUACAACCACUUCAUCAGACCGGUGGAAAAUGUAUCUGAUCCUGUGACAGUACAUUUUGAAGUGGCAAUUACACAGCUUGCAAAUGUGGAUGAAGUCAAUCAGAUUAUGGAAACCAACCUGUGGCUGCGACAUAUUUGGAAUGACUAUAAAUUGCGAUGGGAUCCAAUGGAAUAUGGUGGAAUUGAAUUUGUUCGGGUGCCGGCGGAUAAAAUUUGGAAACCUGAUAUCGUCUUGUAUAACAAUGCUGUUGGGGAUUUUCAAGUCGAAAGCAAGACCAAAGCUCUUCUUAAAUAUGAUGGGAUGAUCACUUGGACUCCACCUGCUAUUUUUAAAAGCUCCUGUCCUAUGGACAUCACAUUUUUUCCCUUUGACCAUCAGAAUUGUUCACUGAAAUUUGGCUCCUGGACAUAUGACAAAGCCAAAAUUGACCUCCUGAUUAUUGGAUCCAAAGUGGAUAUGAAUGACCUUUGGGAAAACAAUGAAUGGGAAAUAGUUGAUGCCUCUGGCUAUAAACACGAUAUAAAAUAUAAUUGUUGUGAAGAGAUCUAUACAGAUAUAACAUACUCCUUUUAUAUCCGAAGGCUACCCAUGUUUUACACCAUUAAUCUGAUCAUUCCCUGUCUCUUCAUUUCAUUCCUAACUCUAUUAGUCUUUUACCUUCCGUCUGACUGUGGUGAGAAGGUGACCCUCUGCAUCUCAGUGCUACUUUCUCUGACUGUAUUUUUGUUGGUGAUCACAGAGACAAUCCCGUCAACCUCUCUGGUCAUUCCACUGGUUGGCGAAUACCUGCUCUUCACCAUGAUAUUUGUGACCCUAUCAAUUGUCAUCACAGUGUUUGUGCUGAACAUCCAUUACAGGACUCCAACCACACACACCAUGCCCAAAUGGGUAAAAAGCGUCUUUCUCAAGCUCCUGCCCAAAGUCCUGAUGAUGACGAGACCUCUAGAGCCGCAGAAGGAAGCCAGCUCUAAAAAGAGUAAGAAAGGGCUUGCCAAUAAAUCUAGCAAGAUGAAGCAAUACGGAGACAUUAAAUUAUACAAGGAGCAGAGAUGCUGCCACUGUGACAAGGUGAACCAACUUGUUACCGGCAAAAGAAGAUUGAGCCCUCAGCCCAUGAAAUGGGGGAUGGAGCACGUCAAGUACUCCGCUGAAGUCGGCGAGGUAAUUAGCAACGUUCAGUUCAUCGCUGAAAACAUGAAGAGCCAAAACGAAACUAAAGAGGUCGAGGAUGACUGGAAGUACGUGGCUAUGGUGAUAGACAGGGUGUUCCUUUGGGUGUUCAUCGUUCUCUGUGUGUUUGGGACAGGAGGGUUAUUUCUGCAGCCACUAAUAGCAGACACAUAAUCCCAGCAAUGCUGGUUAGUUUUUGUUUUGUCCAAUUCCCUACUUUUUUGGAGUUCCACCCAUCCCCUCCACUUUCUCUUGUUACACUGGGCCCAUCCUCCAAGGGUCCAUCUGCAAAGGCUGCUGUUAAGGUGAUGUUCCCUCUGGCUAAGCGGUCAGGGUGUGGCUUCCCCUUCCAACAGUCACAGGGAGAGAGAAGGCAUUCCAUCCUGAGGUCAGUUUCAGACUGUCACAUAUCAUCGUCGAGUGCCCACUGACUGACUUCAAUGGCGGGCUGCCGUCUCUCCAUCUGGCUGAUGACACCAUUCAAUGACUGGGCACGUUGCACAUACACCCAUGAUCCCUUUGGGGACCUCUGUGGCAAUUCCUGCUCCUUAUUAUCUAGGGGGAGAUUUUCAAAAGCCCCCAGUCUCGGCCUAAUUUUGCUCCCAUUGACGGCAAUGGUAACCACUGACUCCAACAGAAGCAGAGCUAGGCUAGUGGGAAUUUUACCAUUGCCUCCAUUGAAGGCAGAGUUUAGGCCAGCGCUGGGCCCUUGGAAAAUCCCCCGCCUACUGUAUUCUAGCUCUCUUGCUUCUGCUCCCAAGUGCACCCUAAACAUUGCAUGUGUUUGGUUUGCUGUCUUUCUAUCCACUUAGUACUUCACUACAGCACUCGGAUUACCUACGACAAUCCUGCUGGAUGAGUUGAUGUUUUGUUGUAUUCUUACAGUGAAGCCAUCAACGUGAAUAAAAGUACUAUAAAAACCAAAAUAGUCAAUAGGCGGACCAUGAGCCAAAUCCGACUCGCUAGAUGC